AUGAGGACCACAGUUAGGGCAGAUCAGUGUGGUAACUCUUCUUUGAUAAUCCUCAAAAAUGAGAAGUCAUUGGAGGGCCCUCGGUCAGCUGCUGAGUCCCAGUCCAGCGUUGGCUCUAUCCUCUGCUGCAGCCGACUCCGCCAGGUUCAGAGCAUCUUGACCCAGAGCAGCAAGUCUCAACCCGAUGGGAUCCUCUGCAUCCUAGGAAUCGAUAGCAGGUACAAUGAAGGCUGCAGAGAGCUGGCAAAUUAUCUUCUGUUUGGUUUGUACAAUCAGAAUGCAAGUGAUUUUGAGAAAACAGGGUUUUCUGAAGAAGUUCUAGAUGAUGUAAUUAUAUUGGUAAAAUCAGAUAGUGUCCAUCUGUACUGUAAUCCUGUGAACUAUCGCUAUCUCUUACCCUAUGUGGCACAUUGGAGAAAUCUGCAUUUCCAUUGCAUGACCGAAAAUGAGUAUGAAGAUGAGGAAGCUGCAGAAGAAUUUAAAAUUGCCAGCUUUGUGGACAUGGUUCGAGACUGUAGUAGAAUUGGCAUUCCUUACAGCUCCCAAGGUCACUUGCAGAUAUUUGAUAUGUUUGUAGUAGAGAAGUGGCCAAUUGUACAGGCCUUUGCACUUGAGGGCAUUGGAGGGGAUGGAUUUUUUACCAUGAAAUAUGAGCUGCAGGAUGUGAGUUUGAAUCUAUGGAACGUCUACAGCAAGAUGGAUCCUAUGUCUCUGGAGAGUUUGCUUUCAGAAGAUUUGGUGGCUUUUGAACAUCAGUGGACUAGCUUCUUUGCUAAUUUUGAUACAGAAAUUCCUUUCCUGCUGGAACUUUCUGAAUCUCAAGCGGGUGAGCCAUUCAGAAGUUACUUCAGUCAUGGAAUGAUCUCCAGCCAUAUAACUGAAAACAGCCCUAAUAGGCAGCCAUUCGUUCUCUUUGGUAAUCACUCCACACGAGAAAACCUGAACGCUGGCAACUUUAACUUCCCUUCUGAAGGGCACCUGGUACGCAGCACUGGUCCCAGUGGGAGCUUUGCCAAACACAUGGUAGUACAGUGCGUCUCACCGAAGGGGCCCCUUGCCUGUUCAAGAACAUACUUUUUUGGAGCUACCCACGUUCCUUACUUGGGUGAUGAGAGUAAGCUGCCCAAGAAAACUGAACAAAUUAGGCUCUUGUCCCAGGUGUAUGCUGCCGUUAUUGAGGCUGUUUUGGCUGGCAUUGCAUGUUAUGCUAAAACUUCCAGUCUAACAAAGGCCAAGGAGGUAGCUGAGCAGACCCUGGGAUCCGGGUUAGAUUCCUUUGAUUUGACACAGUUUAAGGCAGGCCUACGCUCCAAGAUGACUUUUCAUAUACAUGCUGUGAAUAAUCACGGAAGGAAUGUGCCUCUGGACAGUGAAGAUAGCUUAUAUUUCGUGAAGACGGCUUGUAUGACUGUCUAUGACAUUCCUGACUUGCUGGGAGGAAGGGGGUGCUUAGGGUCUGUGGUCUUCUCAGAAUCCUUUUUGACAUCUCAGAUCUUGGUUAAAGAAAAGGAUGGCACUGUUACCACAGAAACCAGCUCCAUAGUCCUGACAGCCGCCAUACCCAGAUUCUGCUCCUGGCUGGUAGAAGAUAAUGAAGUAAAAUUGUCUGAGAAAACCCAGCAAGCAGUUAAGGGGGAUGCCUGUUUCCUGGGCACUUUUCUAACAGGAGGAGAAGGAGCAUAUCUUUAUUCCAGCAACCUACACUCCUGGCCUGAGGAAGGGAAAGUGCAUUUCUUCUCUAGUGGUCUUCUGUUUUCUCACCGUCAUCACGGAAGUAUCGUCCUUUCCAAGGAUCACAUGAAUUCCAUUUUAUUCUAUGAUGGGGAUUCCACCAGUGUUGUUGCUGCCCUUCUGAUAGAGUUCAAAAGUUCUCUGCUUCCUCAUCUCCCAGUUCAUUUCCAUGGAUCAAGCAAUUUUCUGAUGAUUGCCCUUUUCCCCAGAUCAAAGAUAUACCAAGCAUUUUACUCAGAGGUCUUCUCCCCCUGGCAACAGCAGGCUAACUCAGGGCUGUCUUUAAAAGUGAUCCAGGAAGAUGGAUUAUCUGUGGAACAAAAGAGAUUACACUCCAGUGCGCAGAAGCUCUUCAGUGUCCUGAGCCAUUCUGCUGGGGAGAAACGGAGUCCUCUAAAGCUACUCCCAGCCAAACUCCCAGAGCUGGACUGGUUUCUUCAGCAUUUUGCCAUCAGCAGCAUUAGUCGAGAGCCUGUGAUGAGGACCCAUCUCCCAGUCCUGCUACAGCAAGCUGAAAUCAACCCUUCUCACCGAGUAGAAAAUGACAAGGUAACUAUCAGCAUUGUAACUGGCCUCCCAGGCUGUCAUGCUAGCGAGCUCUGUGCUUUCCUGGUCACUCUGCAUAAGGAAUAUGGCAGGUGGAUGGUAUACCGCCAAAUCAUGGACAGCUCCGAAUGUUUUCAUGCUGCCCACUUCCAGAGAUACCUUUCCAGUGUCCUGGAGGCCCAGCAGAACCGCUCUGCCCGCCAGUCAGCCUACAUCCGCAAGAAGAUUCGACUGCUAGUGGUGUUGCAAGGCUACACAGAUGUCAUUGAUGUUGUCCAGGCCCUGCAGACCCAUCCAGACUCAAAUGUCAAGUCCUCCUUCACCAUUGGUGCCAUCACGGUGUGUGUGGAGCCCCUGAGCUGCUACAUGGACCACAGAUUUCUCUUUCCUAAAUGUCUCGACCAGUGUUCACAAGGCCUGGUGAGUAAUGUGGUAUUCACCAGUCACACCACGGAGCAGAGGCACCCUCUCCUUGUCCAGCUGCAGACCCUCAUCAGGGCUGCCAAUCCUACUGCAGCCUUCAUUCUUGCAGAAAAUGGGAUUGUCACCAGGAAUGAAGACAUUGAGCUGAUUCUCUCAGAAAAUAGUUUUUCAAGUCCUCAGAUGCUGCGAUCUCGAUAUUUAAUGUACCCCGGCUGGUAUGAAGGUAAAUUUGAUGCUGGAUCAGUCUUUCCACUAAUGGUUCAGAUCUGCGUAUGGUUUGGUCGUCCUUUGGAGAAGACUCGUUUUGUGGCCAAGUGUAAAGCAAUUCAGUCUUCCAUCAAGCCAAGUCCCUUCUCUGGAAACAUCUACCACAUCCUGGGCAAAGUGAAGUUUUCAGACUCUGAGAGGACCAUGGAGGUCUGCCACAACACUCUGGCCAAUUCCUUGAGCAUCGUCCCAGUUUUAGAAGGACCCUCGCCACCACCCGAUUCCCGAAGCACACCUCAGGACAGCAACGGGCAGCAGGAGAGCUACCUCGUGUUCAUUGGCUGCUCCCUGAAGGAAGAAAACAUCAAGGACUGGCUGCGGCAGUCAGCUAAGCAGAAGCCUCAGAGGAAAGCCCUGAAGACCAGGGGGAUGCUGACCCAGCAGGAGAUCAGGAACAUCCAUGUGAAACGCCACCUGGACCCCCUGCCUGCAGGCUACUUUUACAAUGGCACCCAGUUUGUCAACUUCUUUGGUGACAAGACUGAUUUUCACCCACUCAUGGACCAGUUCAUGAAUGACUACGUGGAAGAAGCCAACCGGGAAAUCGAGAAGUAUAACCGGGAGCUGGAGCAGCAGGAGUAUCACGACCUCUUUGAGCAGAGGCCCUAG